AUGGUCCAGCCGGCCACGGGCGGCGUGAAGAAGCCGCACCGCUACCGGCCCGGCACGGUGGCCCUGCGCGAGAUCCGGCGCUACCAGAAGUCCACCGAGCUGCUGGUCCGCAAGCUGCCGUUCCAGCGGCUGGUGAGCGAGAUCGCGCAGGACUUCAAGACCGACCUGCGCUUCCAGAGCUCGGCCGUCAUGGCGCUGCAGGAGGCGUGCGAGGCCUACCUGGUGGGGCUCUUCGAGGACACCAACCUCUGCGCCAUCCACGCCAAGCGCGUCACCAUCAUGCCCAAGGACACCCGGGUCCCCUACAGGUUAAUGGAGGGCCUCAUUACAGGAUAGCGCCACACCCGUGUUUCCUAACAGUAGACAUGCUCUGAGGCACUGCCCCCCAUCACCCUCAAUGUUGCCAAAUGAAUAAAAUCGUGGGAUUACAUUGGUAUGUAAUUUUCUCUGGAGCCCGAGAAAACUUUCUCACAUCUGGGAUGAACCUAAAAUCUUCAGGGCUGUUGCCUCAGGGUAAUUUUUGUCGAACCUUAACAUUUAAGGGAAGUUUCCCGUAACUGGUGCAAUUGAAAUGUGUAAUGUUGCUAAUCCCGCAGGCUGUUCUGCCUUCCAGACUCAAGGAACGAAUGGAGUCAGGAAAAUACUAUAGAAGAGUCUGAUAUGGUUUGACCAAGGGCUGUUUAGGAAUGAAGUACACUGUGUGGCCGGUUUCUGACAACCCCUGGCCUCUGAGGGGGCAGGGUUAGGGAUGGAGGAAGGUCUGUUGAUGAGCACCACACUUAACUUUUGUUGCUGUUAGGGAAUAAGGUAAGGAAAACCCCUGCCACCUGGUUUUAUUGCCCAGGGUACAGAAUCUUGCCUCCUACUCUCUGUUCACUGUACUCCUUUAACUGAUGUCUCCUCAAAAAGGGGAGGGGGGGAGCGGGAAGCGUUGUUUGUUUUUUUUUUCUUGAAUGUCUUGGAUAAAUAACCUUGGCUGCCCAGUGACAUUUAUGGAAAUCCUUCUCAGAAUAAUAUUUGAGGUGCAUAAAAUGCAAACAUUACAAAAAACGUAUCCCUUUAGUUACUGAUGUAUUUUUAAUAAAAAUAAAUUCAAUAGGACUGAUAUGUCCCUAACUAGGAAACAUGUUAUGAUACAUGCUUGCUGAACCUAAAAACUGCCAUCACUAAUCAGACGAGUAAAUAACGGUUCAAGGUAAUUUGGCAAUUGUUAAGAGAAAUGGGAUUAUCUGCGAUUUCCACUGGGUGACAAGUACUGAGUUUGUGGCCUAAAUUCAUUGUAAAGAGCAGUAAAUUAGGCUUCCCCAUCCCAAUUUAUGCGGUUUCUCCUCACUACCACGCACCCUCCACCAUGCACUGCUGAUUUUUAUCCUCGGAGGUAUUGUGGCGUGUAUGGACUUCAGCUUACAAACCUUUGUAGUAAAAUUUGAUUGACCUACCCGUGACUUUUCAGCCUAAUUAUAAUUUAUCCUUGAAAGCACCACUUCCUAUCUGGGACUUCUUUAACAAAGUCUAUUAAUAUGUCAUAUUAAUAUUCAUACCCUUGUUCCUAUUUCUUGUACUUAAAACAUAACUACUUUUUUUUUUUUGUAAACUACUUCUAGUCCUAGUGUAAAUAUGACUUUUUGGAAUGAAAAUGAACACUGAUGACAGUAUCUAACAAUGAGAGGCACUCAGAUGCACCCCCUCCCAUAGUAAGAUAUUUGACUUUUUGAUGGGCUUUUUAGAAGCUGUGUGACCCAAAUGAUUUUACUCAUUAUUCAAUUGUUCUGUCCUUAAAUAUGUCUUCCAAUUUUAGGGAAAGAAAAAUGACUUUUCCUCUACUCUUCUGAGUGUUCAUCUGAGAUCCCUGUAAUAAAAGACAGUUUUCCCAAGAGAAAAA